GUCCUGGAAAAAAUUUUGCUAUGUCAACACUCAAACUUUUGACGGCUUUACUUUUCCGACGAUUCGAUAUUGAAUUAGCUGAUAAGAAGGCACCACUUAAAACUUCAUUCACCAUGGUUAGACACUGUGACGAGUUGCAAGUUUAUAUCCGACCUAAGAUACCCAUUGCUGGGCAAGAUAAAUGUAUAUUUCUGGAGAAACAUUUAAUUCAAGAAAUAAAAAAGGUUAGAUUUAUUAAAUCUCCAAAACAUUGUCGAAAUCAAAAUAAUAACAAUAACGCACAAUUUUACAAAAAACAUACUUCUGUUCCAUACUGGAAACCGUUCGAUUUUCCAACGAUUGACACUUCUCAGGUCCAAUCAUGGUCUUCUUCUCAACUUAUAACACAUUUACGUAUAAUGUUUACCACACAAGGUUAUUUUAAACGUGAUCUGUGGACGGAAUCACUUUCACAAAAAUUUGUGUCACAACAAAUUGAUGGUAAGAAGCUUUUGAAGAUGGAUCGAGAUGACUUAAUAAGGAUCAUUGGAUGUGCUGAUGGAGUAAAGAGAUUGAUUAUUUGGAUGUUGGAAGGAGAGGUGAUCAGGUUAAAUGGACGAUACGAAAAUGAGAUUUAUCAUGAUCCAGUUG